AUGAAUGCUCCGUGUUCCUCAAGCAGACUCAUAAUUGUGUACAUCCGAAUUACUGUUGAGAGCGACUCUGCCUCGCCCCCUGUGAACAACCGAGAGGUUCCCACCGGGCGACGGAGACACCUGCGCUCACUGGUUCCAACAAAGUGUAUUGAGUGUAUUGUUGGGGGUGUGUUUUUGUUUUCCUGAACCCCUUCCCCCCCUCCCCCCCUUACUUUUUGCCCUCCUCCUCCUACCCUGUUAUAUAAAAGGUGUGGGGUGACGGCGCACCACGGGGUGCAAACCUCAUUCUAUUCCAUGAGGGGCCCCCUGUGCUGUGCGAACACACCCAAACCAUCUUUAAAUGUUCAUAAAAGUUUCUGAUGUUCUCCCUGAUACUGGGAUAUAAUUUGUGUAACCAUGUUUUGAUAUGCUGUUAUUAUGUUGUUCUCACGAAUACUGUUCUUAUAUCCGUAUGCACGCUCCCGACACAAUAGCGCAACGAUAACAAGAUAACGCCCAGGGGCGACCAUCACGACCAUCCACAUUGUUGUUAACUGAUCCGCUAGAACGGUACUACCCCUCUGGAUGCCAGACACCACCACUAUUAGGCAGCAGGAGACGGAUGCUGACAGACAGUGAUACGUCACUAGACGACACCCCAAAGUAGGUGACCUACCUAACCACCGACGCCACCUGCCCCACUGGUUCACUGCCAAGAGACUGUGAGGUGACUACGAGGACCUUGGUUCCCGGACACACACCUACCAGUGGCACAUUACCCCUUACAACAGUCGCCUCUGCGACUCGACACAACCGCUACACACCACACCGCUUGAACUACCCCCUCAAACCCAUCUAACCUCCCCUUCCAUCUCCCCCCCCCUUUUCCUCCCCUACUCCACACCCCGCCACCUGGAUACGAUGGGCCCACCGCCUCUCGCCCCCCACACCCCCGGGCACGCAGAGAUAGGAAUUAACCUCUACACAAUCAACGUGAAGGGCCUGAACUCCCCACAAAAACGAGCAAGAGCGCUGCGAGAAAUUCGAGCACUUAAGAUAUCAAUAGCUUUCUUCCAAGAAACACACUUUCUAGCAACAAAAGCCCCCAAAUUCUCAGAUAAAUACUUCCCAACCGGCUACUACGCGCAUAACCCCUCCACCAAAUCCAAGGGAGUGGCUAUAUUAUUCUCGGCAGACACCCAGUUCCGCCUGGAAGCAGAAGAGAAAGACCGAGAAGGCAGAUACCUUUUUCUCAAAGGACACAUAGGGGACGCUCAAAUCACACUCGCGAACCUCUACCUCCCAAACAAAGGCCAAAAAUCAUUCCUAGCCUCAGCCCUGAGAAAAUUGGAAGCGUUCAGUGCAGGAACCGUAAUAAUAGGAGGGGACCUCAACGCCCCUCUAGACCCCAAAAUGGACACAUCUAAAGGGGGCUCCACGAUCCCGGACCACGUCCUCAGAGGACUGCGGACCCUUUUGACAACUCACCAACUUGUAGACUGCUGGCGAAUCCUACACCAUACAGAGAAAGACUACACCUAUUAUUCAGCGCCACAUAAAUCAUACUCGAGGAUUGACUACUUCUUCAUCCAACACAGGGAUCUAGACACACUGUGUUCAGCCCACAUCGCCCCCAUGACCUGGUCGGACCACGCACCAGUAACACUCACCAUCGACAAUCCUAGAACCUUUCGAUCCCAAUGGACAUGGAAACUUAAUGAAUCACUCUUAGAGGACCCACUGAUCCAAACAGAAAUUAGGAACACACUAGACCACUUCUUCCCCACCAAUCAAACAACAGAAAGCGCACCAACGACCGUCUGGGAAGCACACAAAUGCACUAUCCGAGGGAUCCUCAUCAAACACGGCACUCGCCUGAAAAAAACAACGCACACAGGAAAUAGCACGCCUUGCUGCCCAACUGGCGCGUCUAGAAACGCUUCACAAACAAGACCUCCGAGACGAAACCUACAAACAACUCCUAGAGACCAGAGCGAAACUCAACUCCUGCCUCACGUCCAAAAUACGAUUCCAGUUCCAACUCACACAAAAAACGUUUUAUGAAUACGGAAACAAAAGUGGUAAACUGCUCGCUAGGGCGCUGAGAGCCCGGAGACAGAAAACCCAUGUUCAAAAGAUCUCCCUGGCAGGAAACACACUGCGGACCCCGAAGGCUAUAGCAGAGGGCUUCAGACAAUACUACUCCUCCCUAUACUGCCUACCUCCCAACACCACACGCGCACACGAAGGAGAAGAGGCUCACACAGCGUGGCAAAAAACAUAUAUCGAACAGAAUAUCACCACAACGCUGA